ACCACGGGGAACUAAUUCAAAGGGUAGGGUUUUGUCAGUGUCAGUUUGGAUGAUGCACAAUGUUUUUUUUUCAUGUAAUCUUCUCUUCUCCUUGGAACCCUGUUGGAAAUAGUCAUCACAUCUGGAAAAUGUCCCCGUUACAAGGAGCUCAGAUGGUCCAAACCCCAAUUCAGCUCUAUCGCUACCUUCUUAGAUGUUGUAAGUUAUUGCCAAACCCAGCAAUGCAACAACAUUAUCGACAUGCGAUAAGACAGGGUUACAAUAGUCAUGUGGAUGAAGACGACCAUGAGAGGAUUCAACUUAUAAUUCAAAGAGCUAUAGCUGAUGCAGACUGGAUUCUAGAUAAAUACACAAAGAAGAAAUGAGGUAAUGAAUCUUCAAGAUAAGAAGUCCUCCGUGUGAGACCCUCACCCAUCUUAAGUCUGAAUAGUUUUUUUUUUAUUUGUCAGGCUAGAUCAUCACUCUGUGAAUGCACAUGGACUACUCACAAUAUAUUGAUCUUUAAAAAAAAAGUAUUCAUAGGGGUAUACAACUUGAGAGACAGGAAAGCAGGGAGAGAGAGACAAGACAUACAGGGAAAUACCCAGGCCAGAAUCAAACCAGGACCUCUGCACCAUAACCACCCUUAAUGGGAUGUGCUCCACCCGGUGAGCCAACGGUGCAUCCCAGAUAUAUUUAACUUUGAUGUAUCCUCAUCAGAUAAAUCAGUUAUUACCCAUAGUUUGAGUUGACCAAUCACAGAGUUUGCUUCAUUGAUUGAUUGACCUUUUAGAAUGCCAUUUGAUCUGAAGUGUAUAUGAGGUUGUGAUCUUUGGAUGUUCGGGAUCACUCUUGCGAACGAUUUGUGGCUAGCACACCCUUCGUUGAGACUGAUCACAAAGUACUUUGUUUAAAUCAUAUGUGAUUGUAUAAUCUAAAUAAAUUGUAUUUGAAACCAUAUCCUUUGACUAUUCAGAUCUACACAGUGCCAUUCGAAUUCUUCCAUAGCACCAGUCUGUUAUGUUGAGUUAUGUUUUCAUUUUAAGCUAUGAGACCCAUGUUGAUGAAAAGCAACAUGAGGCCAUGAAUACAUGUUUACAUUUAAACAACAUUAUUGAUGCUUCUUUCCUUCUCUCUGUUUUCCAAUGGCCACCCCCAUAACCACAUUUAAUCAUACACACACAUUUUUGGUUGUGUGCCACCUUUGAUCAAACAACAUGUACUGAUAU